ACCUAUAAUUUUCACGGGAAAUUUUAGAACGGAUCUACGGAAUGUGCACGAACGUGCGAAUCGGUGCGAAAAGGUGACCCGGAGCAACCUCGAGCGUUCGCGAACUGUCAAAUUACGAGUGACAGGUGACAGAUCCUCCGCUCCGCGAGAUGACAUAAAUCACUCGUUUCUUAGACGAGCGUCGAUAAGACACAACACGAUGCUGCACGAAUUUUGCAUGAAUUUUAUUUCGUCGACGAAGGAGCUCGUCCGUUGAAUAAAUAAUAAUUCGUCGUAUAAGACGGAAAAAAGAGAAACGAUGCGAGAACGAUCACCGGAAGAAAUCUUCAAGCAUCUCUUCAUAUCAUUUUAAAAAAAACAUGCGUUUCUCUCGUACAAGAUACUCCUCGUAUCUUACAAUAAUUUCACGUUGAAAUUCAUUCGCAUAUUUACAUUGUUGAUCGGCAACUGUGUGCAAAAUUUAAGGGUUGAACUGUGGAUUAUUAUUAUCUUUGCACCUCUCCCUAUUUUCACAUUGUUCUAAGUGAAUAUAUACUUAAUAUAGAAGUUUUUAUGAAAAAAUAACUCUUUCCAAAGAAAAGGAUGCCAUUAAAAAAAAUAUUAAAAUAGAACAAGACACAAUUCUUUGUUAUGAGAUUUUCUUUUCGUAAAGAUUAUAUUCAGUAUGGAUAAUAUUUGGAAAAGUGUCAGAUUUAAAUACAUCUUUGCUUGCAUCCUGAUCACCUUUGUCACAUCGUGUAUAAUCAGCAUAUCUCCCAUCAGCAUUGAUGAAUGCAAGUGUGAUACAAAUGCACAAUCAGGUCAACAUCUCAAACAACUGACCGAUGAGAUUAAUGGACAUAAAAAAGAAUCUGAGCAUCGAUUAGCUCUACUGGUACCAUUUAGAGAUCGUUUUGAAGAACUGCUAAUAUUUGUACCACAUAUGCAGAAGUUUUUAGACAAGCAAAAUAUAGAUUAUCAUAUAUUUGUGUUAAAUCAGAUGGAUAGAUAUAGAUUCAAUAGAGCAUCUCUUAUAAACGUAGGCUUUUUGGAAACAGAGAAAGCAUUUGAUUACAUUGCAAUGCAUGAUGUAGAUCUCUUGCCUAUGAAUGAUCAAUUAUCGUAUGCAUAUCCAAGUAGAGGACCACAUCACAUAUCAUCACCAGAUUUACAUCCCCGGUAUCAUUACAAUGCCUUUAUUGGUGGCAUCCUGCUCAUUAAAAGAGAGCAUUUCAUACAAGUAAAUGGUAUGUCCAAUAAAUAUUGGGGAUGGGGAUUGGAAGAUGAUGAAUUUUAUCUUAGAUUGAAAGAAGCUAGUCUAAGUCCCAGUCGUCCGCAAAAUGUAUCAACAGGAGUGCAUAAUACAUUUCAGCAUAUACAUGACAGAAGUCAUAGAAAAAGAGAUACAACAAAGUGUUACAAUCAACGGGAAGUUACUAGAAAACGAGACCGACAGACUGGCUUGAAUAAUGUUUCAUAUAAAAUACUGGAUACAAUUAAGAUGACUAUAUCAGAUAUUCCUUUAACAGUGAUCAACAUCUCUCUGCUGUGUGAUAAAUCAAGUACACCUUGGUGUGAAUGUGAGAAACUAGUCGCAUCAAAGGAUCAAGGGAGAUCAAAAGAGAAAAAAAAAAUCCUUAAUAGUAAACUCGCCACUCGAUUGUAAUUAUUUAGUAAUUUAAUUAUAAUUAAAAUAUUAUAAAAUGUAUUCAAGCAACACAUUCACAAUUCUUCCAGCUAUUAUGUAUUUGACUCAUUGUUAGCUAAAAAUAAAACACUUUCCUAUAG